CUCAGUUCGUUUUCAUGUUGUGUUCGUGCUAGCGGAGAUAGCUGUCAAAAAUUCACAAAUAGAUAGGUGGCUUGGUUAAAAAGGAACACAAUUCAGCCGAAAAUGUCCGCUGGUCCUGAGUCUACACAUGUGUCGUCGCUUGGGAUGGAUGACAGUUUGCAUCAGCAGGUUCUCGCCUCGUUCCCUCUGUGUGACAUGACUGAGGAGGAUCUGACCCAGAACCCUCAGUUCUGUAAACUCCUGGUCACCCUGGCUCAGCAUGUGGACCAAACUGGACUCACUGUAUCCCUGAAAACAGAGCUGGACAAGAUGUUUUUAUUCCAGGCGGAACAGAAGCUGCAGAGCCAGAGGCGUCACUGGCUGCGCUCUGAGAGCCUCCACAGAGGGCUGCAGGAGAUGAUCCAGGACCACUGUGUCAGGAAGCACCAUACCACCGUACCCCCUGACCAGACCAUGUUCUUUGAGACAAUGGAGAAGUGUCUGCUGGUGGCUCAGUGUGUCAGACGACUGGAUCCCAGUAGCACUACCAACCAGGACCAGCCCUCUGUUCUGGGCCUGAACGCCCAACAGGUGAUGGAGCUCAUGCCAUCAGAGAAGAAUGUACAAAGAAUGAAACAGAGUCUACCCAGAGAGCUGGAGAAACAUCUCAAGAAAAAGUGUCUGAACCUCCUCUCUUACUAUCAGCCUGAAUGGGAGAAUGAAAGUGAGGGUCUGAAGAACAGCAAGUUGUCUCAUCUGUCAGUCCAGUUGGACAAAGAGAAGAAAAGAGCAGAGAGUCUGAAGGAGACCUGCAGGGAAAAUGCAGUUCUCCUGCAGAGACAGACUCAACUCUACUUGUCUGAGCUAACUAAGUGCAUUCAGCUUCUCCAGUCUCUCAUCUUGGACCACAGGCUGAAGAUCCAGACAGAUCUGGACAGGAAGAAGUUGGACUACUUUGAAGGCAAAUGUGAAUUAGUCUUACAGAAGAUAAAGGCUGAGAUGGUUGAAAUCCAGCUGGACACGUACACACCCGACUCAAUAUCUGCUCAUAGAAAGAUAAGAGAAAAGUUGGAGUCUGAGCUGAAGGCCUGUCAGGUGGAGAAGCAGUCUGUGGAUUUAAAGCUGGCCUCCUUUGAGAUCUUGGGAAAAGAGUUUGAGACCCUGGCUGAGGAGUACUGCAGAUUACGGCAGGAGAUAGAAAUGAAAAACUGGGCUCUGAAGGAGUUCACCCAGUACAAAGACAAGUGAAGAUCAUAUCUGAUGCUGGGACAUCAGCCAGCCAUUCCCUUUUCACAGGGACUCAUUUCUUACAAAGACAUGCUGUCUUUUGGAAGCUUCAUACGGAAACUGUGUGGACUCUUGGACCUCCAGUAACUAUGUAGCAUGUACAGCAAUGAGUGUACUAACUGAAUGCUUCCAUUAACCAUUAACUUAAAACAGUUGUUUAAUCCACAUCAAUAAAGUUUUCCU